UAUACUAUACUAUGACUAGCUCCGCUAUUCCACUCCCUUUAUUCCGUCUUCCUUUCUUGGCAAUAGAAGAAGUUUUUAAGGCAUGCUCGUUGUUUGAGUUGACGAAGCUCUCAUUUACUUCCAAGAACGCAAAAUAUCAUGUCACUCGCUACACCAGCCGCCGUCAAUUUGAAGGAACUUUAAAGAUCAAGCUUCUCGGUUAUGCAAUGAAAUGUGAAUUGAACACAAAUAAAAACGACAAACUCUCUGCAGACAUCACUUUCAAGUUUGGUCCCUGUAUGUCUGCUGCUGAGCUCUGCAACUUCAACGGUCGCCGUAUCCCUAUAAACGUGACUCGGCGCAAGAAAACCAUUUUCGUUUACUGCUCAACUGUGACAGAUGGCUUCGAGCAUUUUUUGGACUACUUCACGGGAUGCAUCUUAAAACUGACGGUCUCUCUGGAUAGUGAUGAUAAGAUGGAAGGUCGUUUGGUGUGAGAUGAUCUCCAGUUUGUGCGGCGGCAAAGAAUCGAAACGCUGUUUCAUCAAUGGGACCCGUCAAUAGAAGUUUUUGUUCUAUUUGAAUGCCUAUUUGAGUGAAUAAAUUUUAAUG